UUCAGAGACUGGUUAAUUUUUUUCACUGGGUUUGAAACCCUUUGCCUGAAGAGUCUCUUUGAACUUGGAAGAAAACAGUGCUCUUUUUCAUCCAACAAAAUUUUAUAUAUAUAUAUUUGGAGGCAUCUCAUUUAGCUUGUGGACUUCCUUGGGAUCCAGUGAUGGAGAUGCUUCUGGGACUACUCUUUCUGUUUGUGGACAUUUUGGGAUCCAGAGUUACUGAUGAAUCCUUGAGAACUGAAGUUCUUGAACUCAUGGCGGCAUCUCGGCUUAUCGAUGGACACAACGAUCUCCCCAUGAAAUUAAGAUGGCUUCACCAGAACAAGCUAAGCACAAUUGAUUUGAAGAAACUCAGCAAUACCAACACAAACAUUCAGAAGCUCCAAGCUGGCCAUGUUGGGGUGCAGUUUUGGUCGGUGUACGUUCUCUGCAGUGCACAGAACAAAGACGCUGUACGUUUGACACUAGAACAAAUUGAUGUGGUCAAACGAAUGUGUGAAGACUAUGAAGAGCUGGAAUUGCUGACAUCUUCAGAGGGCAUUGAGAAUCUUAGCCACACUAAGAUAGGAUGCUUGAUUGGCAUUGAAGGUGGUCAUUCCAUUGAUAGCAGUCUGGCCACCUUGAGGAUGUUCUACGAUCUGGGGGUUCGCUACAUGACUUUGACGCAUAUGUGCAACACUCCCUGGGCCGAAACGUCAACGAAAGGCAAACAUAAUUUCUAUCCUGGUGUUAAAGGCUUGACUCCUUUUGGCAUCGAAGUGGUGAAGGAGAUGAAUCGCCUGGGAAUGAUGGUAGACCUAUCUCACACGUCUCGUGAGACAGCAAAAAAUGUUCUCAGGGUCUCCAGAGCACCUGUCAUUUUCAGCCAUUCUUCUGCUUAUGCUGUCUGCCACAACUCCAGGAACGUUCCAGAUGAUAUUCUCCUUAAGCUUAAACAGAACCAUGGAAUUAUAAUGGUGACAUUCCCUGCGAAGUUUUUUGCUCGUGACAUUAAUACAGUUAACAUUUCAACUGUUGCAGAUCACUUUGACCACAUAAAGAAAAUUGCAGGUUCAGUUUCAAUAGGAAUUGGCGGUGACUAUGAUGGAGAAUUUCGAUUUCCUAAGGGACUGGAAGAUGUUUCAAAAUAUCCAAACUUAAUUGAAGAACUGCUGAGGAGAGGCUGGACCAAGGAAGAACUUCGUGGCGUUCUGAGGGAGAACUUACUUCGUGUUUUCAAAGAAGUAGAAAAUGUGAAGAAGAGCUUGCAAGAGAAGGCAAGUGAAGUAGAAAUCCCACUUGAACAGGUGGAUCAAGACUGUCGCCUACAGCUGAGACCCCCAGCUUCAUCAAGGAACAAUUCCUGUAGAUUGAUUUGCAUGGGGCUACUCAAAAGCCUCGUGUUCGCUCUGGGAAUGUACAUGAUGUUACCCUGAUCUUGAUUCUGACAACGGUGCCAAGGGCUGCUUCUUCCAAAGUUAAGAUACAGUAGUUACGAAGAACAACACUACUAAUUGCCACUAAGUCUGGGACCUUCAAUGCUUCCUGCUUCAUUUUGCACAAAAGGCUAAAAGAAUGAGCCAAAGCAGUCGUGGGGUUCAAAAAAUUUCUACUACCGGUUCUGUGGGCAUGGCUUGGUGGGCAUGGCAUGACUUGGUGGGCAUGGCUUGGUGGGCGUGGCAGGGGAAGGAUACUGCAAAAUCC